AUGACAACGGGAAGGAUUCCUUUCUAUCCUGGGUGUGUUGUUCCUUGGUGUGUUGUCUCCUCUAAGAGGCGCCUCUCCUCUAAGAGGGGCCUCUCGGCGGCGGCCGGUGGUCUUGCCGUUCGUCGGGGGCCGGCGGCCUUGCCGUUCGUCGCCUUGCCGUUCGUCGCCUUGCCGUUCGUCGGCGGCCGGCGGCCUUGCCAUUCGUCGGCGGCCUUGCCGUUCGUCGGCGGCCGGCGGCCUUGCCGUUCGUCGGCGGCCGGCGGCCUUGCCGUUCGUCGGCGGCCGGCGGCCUUGCCGUUCGUCGGCGGCCGGCGGCCUUGCCGUUCGUCGGCGGCCGGCGGCCUUGCCGUUCGUCGGCGGCCGGCGGCCUUGCCGUUCGUCGGCGGCCGGCGGCCUUGCCGUUCGUCGGCGGCCGGCGGCCUUGCCGUUCGUCGGCGGCCGGCAACCGGCGGCCUUGCCGUUCGUCGGCGGCCGGCAACCGGCGGCCUUGCCGUUCGUCAGGGGCCGGCGGCCUUGCCAUUCGUCGGCGGCCGGCGGCCUUGCCGUUCGUCCGUGGCCGGCGGCCGGCAGCCUUGCCAUUCGUUGGCCGGCGGCCUUGCCGUUCAUCACAUUGCCGUUUGUCGGCGGUCGGCGGCCUUGCUGUUCGGCGGCUGGCGGCCAUGCCAUUCGUCACCUUGCCGUUCGUCGACGGCCGGCGGCCUUGGUGUUUGUUGUGGGCCGGCGGCCUUGCCGUUCGUCGGCGACCGGCGGCCUUGCCGUAAGUCAGCGGCCGGCGGCCUUGCCGUUGGUUGGCGGCCGGCGGCCUUGCCAUUGGUCGGCGGCAGGCGGCCUUGCCGUUGGUCGGCGGCCAUGUCGUUCGCCAGCGGCCUUGCCGUUCGUCGCCUUGCCGUUCGUCGCCUUGCCGUUCGUCGCCUUGCCGUUCGUCGGGGGCCGGAGGCCUUGCCGCUGGUCAGCGGGCGGCGGCCUUGCCGUUGGUCGGCCGGCGGUGGCCUUGACGUUCGUCGCCUUGCCGUUCGUCGGGGGCCGGAGGCCUUGCCGUUCGUCGGCGGCCGGCGGCCUUGCCGUUUGCCGGCGGCCGGCGGCCUUGCCGUUUGUCGCCUUGCCGUUCGUUGGGGGCCGGCGGCCUUGCCGUUCGUUGGCGGCCGGCGGCCUUGCCGUUUGUCGGCGGCCGGCGGCCUUGCCCUUCAUCGCCAUGCCGUUCGUCGGCGGCCGGCGGCCUUGCCGUUCGUCGGCGACUGGGGGCCUUGCCGUUCGUCGGCGACCGGCAUUCUUGCCGCUAGUCGGCGGCCGGCGGCCUUGAAGUUCGUCGGCGGUCGGCGGCCGGCGGCCUUACCGUUCUUCGGCGGCCGUCGGCCUUGCCAUUGGUCGGGGGCCGGCGGCCUUGCCAUUCGUCGGCGGCCGGCGGCCUUGCCGUUGGUCGGCGGUCGGGGGCCUUGCCGUUGGUCGGCGGGCGGCGGCCUUGCCGUUGGUCGGCCGGCGGCGGCCUUGCCGUUCGCCGGCCGGCGGCGGCCUUACCAUUGGCAAAUUCGUGCCUUCAGCGUGCAAGUUCCAACAGCAGCACCAAUCUCGUUCUCCCACCCAUCGCUGCAGCCACACUGCUGCUAG